CUAAAUCAGUCUGGCCUACACUUUUGGAAUCAUCUUUGCUUAUCCUAAAGAUGCUCCCAAAAUGGACGGAAAAUUUACGAUUUCUUGUCCUUGAAUCCUUACUGGCACUUUUCGUGUGCCAAUUGUGCUGUUCAGGACCGCCAACUCUCGAAGAUGUCACCAGCAAGUUAUGUCCUCCUGAAAAGCCUUAUAAAUGUUUACCGUAUGGCCAAUGCUAUGGGGUAGAGUCCUAUUGCUACUCGAGUUCUUUAGAAUCCUGUUUCCCGCAACACGUAACGGAUAAGAAGUCAUGGUGUCGAGAGCAUGGUUACAAUGCAACAUUUAUGAAUGACAAAACAUGUGCAAUGGCCUGUUCCUCAACGUUAUUGGAAGAUUCGUUCAAUCUACUACACAACGCGUGCCCUGACAAUAGCCCACACAAAUGCCCACCUACAGGAGAAUGCUACAACAGCUCACAAUACUGCCAAUCUGGCAAAGUCCAGUCCUGUUUUCCAGAAGACGCCAGGACAGAUUUGCUAAGCUGGUGCAAAACUAAAGGUCUACAAAGUGAAGCUUUCAUGAACCACAACUCUUGUCGACUUGCAUGUCAGACACUGUUCAGCAUUGCAGAUCUGGCACCAGAUCAAAGGCAUGACAAGAACACUGUUUUACUGGUACUGUUGAUUGUUGCACUUGUUGUGAUAUUCACCGGUGCAGUGUUUCUAGGAAAGUCAAAAAUACAACUAUUUUUCCCCAAAAAGAAACACUCCGUUACAUUUAAUCAGCCCAGAGCAGAGCCAGAGGAAAAGAAAUGCAUAAAACCAUCCAGAUCAGGUGAAUUGAUUCAAAGACAAAACAGUAGGUCAAGCGACUCGUCAUCAUUAAAAUAAGUCCUUCCUCUAAGCUUGAAGGAACUAUCUAUGGCUGUAAUACACCUUUUUUAGGAUUUACUAUGAAAAAAAUUGUUAUGAUAAGAUAUAGGUUAGUGAAACUGUGUUUGUAUUAUUACAAACAUUAGUAAUGCUUCUAAUUAUUUAACUCUUUCUCUCCUAACUGACGAUACCAAAGUUGAUUCCACCAGAAUGAGGUAAAUAAUUAUGGAGAGAAAGAGUUAAAGACAGUUUUAAUUGUUCUGUCUAUUGUACCUUUGUGGGUUUUUUUUUUUAAUUCAAUGACAGUUUAUUUUUUUAAAUAAGAAACAACCAUAAGAAGAAAAAAAAAAUUGUAUGAGAAAGUUCUGCUAAAUAAGAUUGUACAAUGUUCUGCUAAAUAAGAUUGUACAAUGUUCUGCUAAAUAAGAUUGUACAAUGUUCUGCUAAAUAAGAUUGUAGAAUGUUGAAAAUCCUGCUGGUGAAAAAUAUUUAAAAUUUAAUUUUAUACUUGUAAACAGGGCCGGCCUUAAACCACUGCUACCUAUGCGGCCGCAGUGGGCCCCGCACUUUCAUAGGUCCCGCCUCCUGAUUUUCUAGGAGAUCUUGGAAAUCUCAUGAAAUUUCUAAAUAUACGAAAUGUCCUGGAGAUCUGCCGAAAUUAUUAAAAUCUCCUGAAAGCUCAUAAAAAUAAAAAAAAAAUAGUCAAAAUUGUCGUUUUGGGGUGUCGUUCAAUAUAGAGAACUGCAAUACUACCCGCGAUUUAAAAAAAAAACGACAUUGUCAGCUUUCAUUUAAUAAAAUUUAAUGCAAAGACUAAAUUUAUUUUCGAAUACAAAAUCUUGAUUUUCACUUAUUAUCCUUUUCCCUAACCAGACUGGGCACCGCGCAAUCCAUUUGGCAUAGGGCUCAACAAAUGGUAGGGCCGGUCCUGCUUGUAUACUUUAUAUUUUGAAACUCAACUUUAAUUGUAGUUUUAAUACAUUUUCCAAACUAAUACUAAAACAGUAAAAGAGAUUUAUAAGUCUAGAUUUACUAGACGUGUGGUGAAAGGAGGACAUUCAUUUUGGGGGUUGUGUCCUCUGUCCGGUAGGCAUUGAAAGUGUGAAAAUGUCCGGCUUUUUCUCUGCUGUUUACUACAACUGCAGAGUAUCCAUUGAUCGUAUUCCUUGUUUCAAAUACCGUAUGCUAGGAAUUCAAACUAGUCUCCAUUUUAAAAUGCCUAAGAUUGUUGAAUUAAUGUAGAUCAGAAUUUACAUUAUAAUUAAUGUAAGCCUAAUAUAUGCCAUUUCGUUAGUUGAAUGUUAUAAAAAUAGUAGCCUAAUGUAAAAUAAAAUGCACAAUUGUAAAUAAAAAACAUCCUUUCAGGCAUUAAAAAUUAACAUUAUCAUU